AUGGCGCCCUCGUUCGCCGAUGCCUGGAAGACUGCGAUCGAAGCCGAGAACGAGCUUCUGCAAUGCUUCUCGCAGGAGCGGCGCACAUUCGACGAAUUCGAACAUUUUCUCUCCAAGUUUCGCUCUCCUUCUCAAAAUGCAAUCCUCCUUGACUUCCAUGCUGCCCGCGCAGCUGAUGUCGAGGGUCGCCUUUGGGAUGCGCAUUUGAAAGUGAACAAUCGGUUUCGCAAGCAGCUGCUUCCCUUUCGCGAAGAGCACGGUAAGAAGAAACCAGUUGAGCGACGGAAGCUAGAACGCCAUUACCUCGAUUUCAUCAAGUCAAGCCAGCGAUUCUACCGCGGAUUCAUCCAGCAUUUGUCGUCGCGCUUUGGAGGAAUUGCUGAGUUGGAGAGCGUUGCGCGCAAAUUCAAUUUCGAGAAUUUGUCCGGCCAACCUCCGAUCAAGCCCUCCGGUGACCUGCGCAAGCUUAUCCUUCAGUCGUGUCACGCAACGCUCAUUCGGCUAGGAGACCUUUCCCGCUACCGUGAAUCAGAACUCGUCAGCAAAGAUCGUAACUGGGGGCCUGCCAUUGGCUAUUAUGACUUGGCCUCGGUCAUCAACCCGGCUUCGGGUGCAUCUCAGAAUCAGUUGGCGAUCAUUGCCCUCGCAGAUGGAAAUCAUCUUCGCGCUACCUACCACCUGUACCGAGCUCUUUCGGCUCAGGAACCUCAUCCUACGGCGAAAAGAAAUCUGGAGAUAGAACUCCGAAAGAUUAUGAGCGCCUGGGCCAAACGAGAGCUGAUCCGCCCUGAAGAUGCUGGUAUCCCCGGGAAAGCGUUAACUCCAUGGUUUCUCUACCUGCAUGCCAAGUGUUACAAAGGAACGGACUUCCCAGAGCACGAUGACCUGGAAAGUGAAGUCCUAAGUCAGUUGGCAAUUGAGAUCAGAGAACGGUCACUAGAAGGUACCCUUCAAAAGUUUUGUCUCAUCAAUAUUGCGGCUGAGGAGUGUGCUAAAGCUCGAUCCAUUGGUAAGUGUUCGCCAGAAUCCUCGUCCAUGCAUCUACUCACCCAUCACUCAGAAGAAUCUGUGUCGGAGGCAUGCGUGUUUUUCCAACGAAUCAAUGUAAAGACGUUUUUCACCUUGCUGCAAAUACUCCUGGUCGAAUUAGAACGGACUGCUUCUUUCGAAGAUUCGAAUAGCAAAGACGUGCCCGUCCCCGACAAAAUCUCCGUGGUUGCUCGCCGCAUCUUGCCCGCACUUCGUCACUACAGCUCGUGGCUACUUACAAACAGUCAGUCUCUCGUUGACCAGAAAGAGGAGAAAGAUUCGUCUCUCUCGAUCCAAAUCAAAGAGUUCUGGAAGAUUUAUGCUGGUACGCUGAGCUUGCUCGCAUCCUCCUUCGACGUUGUAAGCCUUCCAGAGGUCGAUUACCUCUUGGAAGAAGAUGAAGAAAGCCUUGGUUUUGCACCUCUCGAUCAGGAAGCCACUUGUCGUCGAUACGUCGGAGGCGGUGAUCAGCCAAAGCCCCGAAUGCAUGACCUUGGGGUGGAGAGAAGUCACCCCAACAUGGAAAUGCUCUAUCGAAUCCGUGAAUUUGUGAUUGAUGGGCUUGACUUGGUCGUGAGAGGAAAAAUCCCGGUCGCUCUCGUGGACAAUGAGGACAAGAAGACAUUCAUCUAUCAGGAAGAGGACUUCCCCCCGCAGUUCUAUUCCAGUCCUCAUGGUCGGCAGCAUGCACUCUCGACUACAAGCAUUGAGCGCGAGGAUAUUCCACAGCCCGCUCAACCCUACCCUGCCACAGAAGCUCAAAGUCUGUUCGACGGUUCCCAGUCGGCAUCAGCCUCCAUGUCCGCCAACAUGCAUCAGAUCGUCGAAGGGGUUGAGCGACUUGUUGACUCGGACACCUAUGACAAUCCACCUAACGACCAAUUCCCAUACAUGAACCAAGUCGGGGAGAUGCAAACACCCACCCACGUCUCUCCCAAUGUCAAUGCUUAUCCAUUCCGCGAGGAGAGAACCUCUCCGCCAGCCGGCACUCCAAUGGCCCCCCCGCCCGGGCUCGGCGCGCCAGUCAUUACCGCGGCGGACGCACUCAGAGCGGGAUUGGCUCAAUCAUACACUCCACGGCCCUCUAUCCCAAGCCUUCCUAGCAUUUGGAACCCAACGGCAGAUACCGCCUCCCCACGCACACCCCCGGGAUUCGGUCCGCAACCUAGUCAACAAGUCCCGAUGUAUGCUGAUCCCCAGUAUUCAAACUCAAUGGACGUGGGGUCAAUGCCCACCCCAUGGACAUCAUCCAAUCCUCCCGUCCCAAACACCUGGGAUCAGAAUCGACCUUUCGGUGCAUUCGAACUCCCACCUCAGCCAAUGUCCAGCAGCCUGUCAACUUCGUGGGCCAACGACGCCUUCAUCGCCAGCAGCUACGCCGGCGCAACUCCCUACAGCUCCGGGAUGCCAGGACGCAAGCCCACCCAGCUCGGAACAAUCGGCCAAACCCCACCCUGCGGACAAGGAGGCUGA